AUGAGUGAACACGAUUACAACUACGAUGAGCAGGGUCAAUUCUUCCCCUACUUCAUUCUCACAGUCACGACACUCGUCACCGUUCCUGCAACAAUCUCUUUCUUCAGACCGAGUAAAGAACUCGAGAACACGGGAACAACAAUAGAGUCCGACUUCACGCCCGAACAUGCCGACCUCAUCCAGGGCCAGCGGAAGAAGCAGAAGCGCGCGGAGCGGAGGACGAAGCGGGGAGUCCUCAUGCUUGGCGGAUGGUCGUUGAAUGCUCUCAUGCUGUACUUGAUCUGGGUCACAGCGCGGACCGUCACCAAACUCUGGGACCCCUAUGAGAUUCUUGGUGUUUCGAUGAACGCGGACGAGAAGGCGAUCAAGAAGCACUACAAGAAGCUCUCCAUCAGACUGCACCCCGAUAAAGCGCGCGAGGACCCUUCGAAGAACAUCACCAUCCAGUCGAUCAACGACCAUUGGGUCGACAUCACCAAGGCGUACAAAGCCCUUACAGACGAGGAAAUCCGCAACAACUACGAACAGUAUGGUCACCCUGAUGGCAAGCAAAGCUUCAGCAUCGGUAUCGCGCUUCCGCAGUGGCUCGUCACACAGGGGUCCGGCAAAUACGUCCUGCUCGUCUACGCAGUCCUGCUCGGUGUCAUUCUCCCCUACAUGGUCGGAAAGUGGUGGUACGGGACACAGAAGCUCACCAAGGAGAAGGUCCUCAUUGCGAGUGCCGGCAAGAUCUUCCGCGAAUACGAUAAUGAGCAGGGCGAGACUGGUGUCAUUGGCGCACUGAGCACAGGCGAGGAGUUCAACGAGGUCUUCACAGGUCACAAGGCAGAGAGCGGUCUUUCCAAGCUGGAACAGAAGGUUCUGGGCGACUUAGACUCGGUUGUCUCACGGGUACUCACCAAGAAGGACCGACAGAAGCUCGACGAUCUCGAAGACAGCCGACGACGCAAGGUUUUGACACUCCUUUGGGCAUAUCUCGGCCGUGUCGAGCUCGAAGAUGAUUCCCUCAACGACGAGAAGUUCGAGGUCGCGCCCAUUGCCAUCCGCCUCAACGAAUCCUACACAUCGAUCGCACUCGCCUACGGCAGCACCAAGGCUGUCCUCUCUGCAUACAACACAUCGCAGAACCUGAUCCAAGCACUGAGGCCUGGCGCCUCUCCUUUGGAACAACUGCCGCACUUCACACCCGCCAUUGCGGCGGCAGCCGAAGCCGAGCAUGCAAACACACAUCUCUCCAUCCAGGACUUUAUGCAGGUACCCGAGGGUCAGCGCCGGGCGCGCAUCGGUGGUCUUCUCUCGCAAGAGCAGUACAGCACAGCCAUGUCAGUCGCAUCGCGGAUACCCGUCUUCACUGUUGAGAAGGCUUUCUUCAAGGUCGUUGGAGAGCGUUUCAUUACACCGAGCAGCUUGGUUCAGUUUGUUCUGAAGGGCCGCUUCAUCCCAUCCGGUGCCUCUGGUGUCCCCGAAGUCAACCCCAAGGAUCUGCUCGACAUUGACCCUGAGGAGGGUGACGUCGCUGCUAUCACUGGCCGCAAGACUGAUCGCUCCGGCGAAAAGCCCAUCCAGCCUCCUCUCGCACACGCACCGUACUACGCCCGCGACCAUGCACCGAGAUACCACGUCUUCCUUGCCGACAGCAAGCAAGGCCGCGUCGCUGUUCCGCCUUUCACGUUCUCCACAUUCGAUAAGCCUAUCCUCGAUGAGAGCGGCAACCCCACCUACAACGUUCAGACCCUCAAGAUGCAGUUCGGCGCACCGCCUCAGGCCGGCAGCUACACUUUCGUCAUGCACAUGAUCUGUGAUAGCUACAUUGGCAUGGACACCAAGAUGGAGGUGACACUUGUCGUCGAGGAUGCUAGCAAGGCCGAGGAGCUCGAGGAGGAGGGUGAGAUCAGCGAGCCUGAUGAGGACACUAUCGCUGGUCAAAUGCGUGCCCUCAAGGGUGGAGAAGCACCGAGGAAGAAGCGGGCCGACGACGACUCGAGCGGCAGCGACACCGAGGGCGACGUCGAGAGCGAGAGCGAGACAGACACCGACACCGACACGGACGAUGAGUAG